CACAGUUUCUCAGCCAUCGUGUCAUGCUCCUCCCGCCCCUCUGCCGGUGGCUAAGGUAAGUAGGUGGGUAGGUAGGUAAAGUAGGUUGUCGAGUUGAGUGCUGGGCGAGCGCAAUGUGCCCGAGGGGCCGAGACGGCCAUGAGAUGCGAUGCUGUGUGGCGUGAGCGCAGUGUGCGUGUGUAUUGUACAACACGGCAUGGCGGAUUCGGGCAUCAAGCUUCCAUUGCGGCUUGCGGAAGAGGCUCGGGACGGCGAGGUCGAGCGGCACGCUCUGGGAAAUCAUGUCGUCGGCCGUUCACCAGUCCUCUGCCUGAUGCUCGCGGGUGGCAUUACGACUACCGGUCUUCCACCCAACUGCUCGGUCCUUAUUUGUGGCAUAGCAGUCGUUGGUCGCACCAACCAUAAAUCUCAACACACUGUUAAUCCAGACAACUUGGAAACUACCUCAAUUGUUAGGUAUCAUCGCCAAACCUUUACCGGCCGAGACCCUGGCUUUUCUGUCUCGGUCUCUUUGAUAGAACUGGACUGUGCUUUUGCCUUCGCGCUGUCCAUGUGCCUGAUGGGCGGCUCAAACUCCUCUAGCCUUGGUUUUAGCGCAGUGCUCUGAGGCCAUAUAACCGGGCAAGUUCCAGCUUCUCAAAUCUUCACUAAAUCACGACGCACAGUCUUAAAAUAGAAAAGACGUUAUUAAAAGUCCUCGAAGCCGUUUAACGAAAGAAAGGGAAGGCGUAUAAAUCGGAAUAGAAAGGUAUUAAGUUAGUGUCAAAACCACAAAGCUCUAAAUUUUUGGGCAUGGUCCCCAUCACCAGAUCCCAGGUGACG